UGUUACAGCGAAAUAAGAACGAUGCUUUACUGUAUAACAUAUUUCUCCCAGACUAGGUGUCAUUAAAGCAGUGAUGUAAACUGGAAACCGCUUUAUUGUCUUCCCCUUCCCAAAAUGACAGCGUCACAGCCCAGACGAAAACAGUGAUUGGCCUAAAAGAUCUGCAGCCAGAUUUGCCAGGUACACAUACAGCAACUGAUGGCAACCGUUGCCAAGAGACCAUCCCUGCAGGGUCCGGUGCCCCCUCCUCGCAAGAAGACAGCCCCCAAGCCAGAGCUGACGGAGGUACAGAAGCAGGAGAUCAGGGAGGCCUUUGAGCUGUUUGACACUGAUGGCUCUGGAUACAUCGAUGUGAAGGAGCUUAAGGUUGCCAUGAGAGCUCUGGGAUUUGAACCAAAGAAAGAGGAGAUCAAGAAGAUGAUAGGUGAAGUUGAUAAGGAUGGCACAGGAAAGAUCUCCUUUGCAGACUUCCUCACUGUCAUGACACAGAAAAUGGCUGAAAAGGACUCUAAGGAGGAGAUCUUAAAAGCUUUCCGGCUGUUUGAUGACGACGAGACGGGCAAGAUAUCAUUCAAGAAUCUGAAGAGGGUAGCCAAAGAGCUUGGGGAGAACCUGACAGAUGAAGAGCUGCAGGAAAUGAUAGAUGAAGCGGACAGGGAUGGAGAUGGGGAAGUGAACCAGCAGGAGUUCCUGCGCAUUAUGAAAAAAACCUGCCUGUACUGAAGCAAAUGAAAGGCAUUAAGGUUGGGUGGACCAGGCUGGAUCAGUGUGAGGGUGUUUUGCUGCUCAUCCAUUUAUCCAGAAAACAAAACCUUAUUAUCGUUGUAUAGUGCCAUACUUUUUUUUUAAUCAGUCAAGACAUUUAAGCUUCAAAAACUACAAUCAUUACAAAACCUUUAAAGACUUGAACAAAAAGUCUAGCAAAAUGCCAAACCACCCUUCUUUGAGUUACAUGACAACAUACUGCCAAAACUGUAAGAGUACACCCUCUUACCUGUUACAAUGCUGCAUUCAUUUAUGAAGGAUAUAUAUUGAUAAUAUUAUAGAGGUUAUUCAUCGUGCCUGCACCAAUACAGUGACACGUAGUACAUUCCAGCGCUUUGUGUGAUACUUUGUGCAUUAUGUUAGCAUACUCGUAUACCGGUGACUCCCAUUACCGUCUCAUGUUUCGGCUCUUUUAUACUGGUUUUCCUGGGAAAAUUUGCAAUGCAGUGAAGGUGUUUGUUAACCACUGAUGACUGGAGAGCGCUCUGUCUCAUCUACGUGCUGCCUGUGGAUUUGUGCCUGUGCCUCUUAAAUGGGCAGUUCUCACAAUCAGGGAAGCUGCCUCUUAGCACACCAUCAUCUUGGAUCCCACACUUACAGGCCAUUACACACCAAGUGCAUUUUAAAAAAAGUGACAUAAAAUUUAGAAUUUUUUCUGUUCCAAACUUUUACGGAAAGUUCGUCCUCAAAACCAACAUCAAGCGAUGAUGAGUCGGUCCUGGGAAAUUCUGGGUUCAUCCAAGCUGUAUCACGACUGCUUCCGGACAUAUUUCAUGAUAUCAGUGGGGCAGUUUGAGCUCUUGUUGGCACAGUUGGGAACACAUUCGUGAAGGCAGAGAAAUUAUUUCAGAGAGCCGACUGACCCAGAGCAGUGUCUGAGGUAAAAUACUGUUAUCUAACUAUUUGUAUAUUCAGUACUGUGCAUGAUUCAAGGUACAGCACACUUCUUACCAACUGCCCCCCCCCCCAAAAAAAAAUCGAGCUUGUUUCAAACAUAUAAAUGACUGCAUUAAG